AUAAUGCAAUAUUGUUAUUUUAUUUUACAUGUUAAAGAAUAUUUCAGAUGGAAUUUCUUCUAUUUUUGCUCCUAGUUUCUACUGUGUCGGCGGGUUAUCGUCCUGGUUAUCGGAAACAGGGAGGAAACGGGGUCUUCUUAGUUUCCGGAAAUAAAACUGAGAUUAGAAAGGCAUUGUCGACAUGCCUAACCCCUGGCUGUGUGAAAUCAGCUGCAACUGUUCUUGAAAUGAUAGACUUGAAAGUGGACCCCUGCAAUAACUUUUAUGACUUUGCAUGUGGAAACUUCAUUAAAGAGACAACUAUUCCAGAUCAUAAAUCUGAAACAGGUCCCUUCUCCAUGAUGGAAGAUAAACUUAUUCAACGUCUAAGGAAAUUGUUUGAAUCAAUUCCUGUAGCUAAUGAGCCAAAGAUAUUUGAGUCUGUGAGAAAUUAUUACAAAAGCUGUAUGGAUCAGGUAUUUUCAGCUAAAGCCAACCAAAAAGGACCUAAAAUAGGAAGAAUCUUGGAAUUUAAAAUUGGUGUAAACCUUGAAGAUGUCAACAUCAGAAUGAUUUCAGCCACAUCACCCACUCCAGUGCUAAGCCCAGAAUUUUUAAUUAAUGGAUUAAAAAACAAAAAUGUUCAGGCAUAUUUCAGGUAUAUGGUUGACAUAGCGGUGUAUCUUGGGGCAAAGAAAGAAAUUGCAGAAAAAGAACUAAAAGAAUCCUUGUUAUUUGAAAUAAAACUAGCAGAGAUGAUGAGUGUACCAGAGGAACAGAGUAGAAAUGCAACAGUUUUCAAUAAUCAGAUGACAAUUAAGGAGGCAAAUAAACUCUUUCCUGGGUUUAACUGGACAUCACACAUCAACAACAUAUUUCCUAAUCUGGAAACCCCACUGCAAUCAUAUGAAGUGAUUAAUGUUGAAGUUCCCAUAUAUGUGAAGAGAAUAGCAGAAUACCUACACACUGUACCUACUCGAGUUCAAGCUAAUUAUCUAAUCUGGAGAAUUAUCAAUGACUUGGUGCUGUAUGGUGACAAGACUAUGCAGCAGAUUGAUCUGAAAUUCAAAAACAUUUUAACAGGGGAAUCUCUGGCAAGUCCUAGAUGGGAAAUCUGUACUAAGGCAAUUGCAGGAUUAAGUGAUGGUUAUGAUUAUUUCUUCAUGGAAGGUACUCAGUUAAAUGCUGUUGGUGCCAUGUAUGCCAAGGAAUACUUUCCUGAGAGUAGUAAAAAUAUUGUAAAUGAUAUGGUUACCAACAUCAAGAAGGAGUUUAAGAUAAUGUUGGAUGAGCUGGAUUGGAUUGAUGAUAUUACAAGGAAGAAGGCUCAUGUCAAGGUGGACAAGAUGACACCUCACGUUGGAUAUGCCAAGGAGAUCUUAGAUAACAACCUCAUCAAUGAGUUUUAUGAAGGUUUGGAGUUGGCUUCUCCUGAUUUUCUGACAAACAACUUGAUUUUGAAGAGCUUUGUCAAAAAGUACCUUUCACAAAUAUACAGAAAACCAAUGGAUCAUAAAAGUUGGAAAAUACAUGGUGGAGCAGCGUUUCCAAAUGCAUUUUUUGAAGAAAACCAAAACAGCAUAAUUUUACCAGCAGCAGUGUUUACUGGCCUAUUUUUUCAGGCUGACCGUCCUAAAUACAUGAAUUAUGGUGCCAUUGGGUCUGUUAUUGGUCAUGAGAUCACACAUGGAUUUGAUGAUCAAGGAAGUCAAAGUGACGAUAAUGGAAACCUAGUCAACUGGUGGGAUCUAGAUACUAAGCAAAAAUUUCUAGAUAAAACUCAGUGCAUUAUUGACCAGUAUGGAAAUUAUACGGUUGAUAUAAAUGGGACAGUUUUCAAUCUUGACGGAAUAAACGCCCAAGGAGAGAAUAUAGCUGAUAACGGUGGUAUCAAACAGGCCUACAGAGCAUAUGAGAGGCUGAUGAAAAAGGAAGGGAAGGAACAAUUUUUACCUGGACUACAAUACACCCCACGUCAACUGUUCUGGAUUUCAGUGGCUUCACUUCAAUGUAAUGCAAUUAGAGACAAACAAUUACUGAAUAUAGUACUGACUGGAACUCACACUUUAUCAAGAUUUAGAGUGAAUGGGCCAUUAAGCAAUCAAAAGGAGUUUUCAAAGGAUUGGAACUGUCCGCCAGGGUCCCCAAUGAAUCCUACAAAAAAAUGCAGUGUCUGGUGAACAAAAGUAUUAAAUUGAAACAAAUUUUUAAUAAUUAUAUCUGCAAAACGUUUAAUCAAUAACCUAUUUUCAAAUAUAUCCAGGACAAAUGCAACUAAAAAAGUGAA